AUGUAUUCAAACAAUGCAUUAUGUAAAACAGAGCCUGAGGAAAGUCUUGGAAGUAAAGCAUUAGACAUUUUAAAAGAGAAGAUAAAAAUAUUUGAAUUGGAAAAGAUUCCAUAUUUGAGCAAUUCGUAAAAAAAAAGUUUGGCUGAUAAAUAAAGAAGUAAAUCUCAAAAAUAUUAAAUUCAUCCGAAAAUGAUAUAACCAUAAUAGCUUUCUUAAAAUAGGAUAUCGAAUAAGGAAUAACAAAUUAGCUCUUAAAAUAGAUUUUCCUUGCAAAUAUUAGAAUCGGUUAAGAGUCGAUUGAGUAUCUAGGAGGCCAAAUUAAUGGAUGUACCUCUAGUGAAAGUUUCAAGAGAACGGGUGCUAACUAGUAAAAAGGAAUCCGAAAAUAACAUAUCUCUAAUACUAAUGGAAAAGUAUUACUAAGCUACAAUUAAAUAUGAAGAAAAACAAUAAAAAUAAGCCACCAAAAGAAACCAUCCAAAACAUACCUCCAAAUUGAUGAUAAAUAAUUAAGCAGUAAAAAACUUUCAAAGAAAAAUAAAAAAUAGCAGAAGAGAACUAUUAAAAGAAUUAAAUACUUCUCUCAAUGAUCAGUAAUCAAAUAUCUAAUAAUAAUAAUUGAAAUCAAUUUCAGCUGAUGGUCAAAACUUGCAUGAAAAAAGUAAUAUAAAAUUCAGGCCAAUCAAAACCAUUUAUCUAAAAAGAAAUUAUUCAACUUCUUGA